AUGGCAAUUGCCAUAGUUUAUAUGGCUAAGGAAUUCAAAUGGAAUCAUACUACACAGGGUUUAGUAUCGUCAUCAUUUUACUUUGGAUAUAUUACGACGCAAAUUUUAGGAGGUAUGCUUACUGAUAAAUUCGGUGAUUAUUCAGGAAUCAGUAAAGAAGAAUUAGAUUGGAUUUUGAAAAGCAAAUCAAGUGCUUAUUCAGAUGAUAAUUUGGAUCAUUAUCAAUCAGGAUCCGGGGAUAUUACGAUUACUGACGAUGAUCUUGGUAUUCUUCAAAGUGAAAACGAUGUGUUAUUACCAAAAGAUCAAACUUUAUCAAGGCCAAAUAAUAUACAGAAAAUUCCUUGGAAAUUAAUAUUUUCUCGUCGUGAA